AUGCAAUUGAAGAACAUCGUAUUUGCUUUUGCUAUUGCAGGAUUAGCUUCUGCUGCAAAUAAUUCUACCUUAACUACAGCAACUCCAACAGCUAAAAGUGGAUGCUCUUUCUCUUCAUUCACAGCUACUGCUUCUGGAGAUCUUCAGCUGGUUGCUGCUUGUGAAACCGCUAUUGGUGAUGUCACCGUUUUUGGUACCCAAUUUGGUACAGUUGAAUUGACUGGUGUGAAGGAGUUUUAUGGUAAUUUAUCCAUCUUGAAUGCUACCCAAGCUUCAACCAUCAAUGCCCCAACAUUACAAUUAGUUUCCGGUUCUUUGGAAAUCAACUCCAACACAAUCUUGUCCCACUUGAAUUUGGCUCAAUUGACAACUGUUGGUACUUUUAAAUUAAAUGCUUUACCAGCUUUGGAAGAAACCGGUUUGACUGCAGGAAUCACUUCAGCUGAAGAAAUUAUUAUUUCAGAUACAGGUUUAUCUAAAUUAACUGGUAUUGAAGUUUUCAAGUUGAAGGUUUUCAGUGUUAACAACAAUAGAGAUAUUGACGCCAUCAACUCAGGUUUGCAAGAAGUUACCGACAAUAUCGACAUUUCAUAUAACGCUGAUAAAGUCGAUGUUACCUUGGAUAAGUUGACUUCAGCAAAUGACAUUAUCUUGCAAUCAAUCAAUUCAUUCCAUGCUCCAAACUUGACUUCCACCAAUGGUUCGAUUGCUUUCAGUUCAUCGUCAAUUGAAACUAUUGAUCUUGCCAACUUGGAGAAGAUUGGUUCAUCUUUAACUAUCUACAAAAACGAGGAUUUGGAGGAGAUUGACUUUCCUAAAUUAACUUCAAUCGGUGGUGCUUUACAAAUUUCUGAUAAUGGAAACUUGAAAUCAUUAGAUGGUUUCCCAGAAUUGACAACAGUUGGUGGUACUGUUAAUAUUAAUGGUUCAUUCGACAAUGGUACUUUUGAUUCAUUAACGAGAGUUGCUGGUGGUUUCAUUUUGAAAGUUGAGGGUGAUGGUGACUUGUCAUGUUCUGCUUUCAACAAAUUGAACUCCAAUGGUGACAUUAAAGGUGACAAAUUUCAAUGUGAAGAUAAAGUGGCCACUAGUUCGUCAUCAUCGAAAAAACCAAACUCGUCGUCUGAUUCAGCAGAUUCCGACUCAACCGAAUCAGGCUCUUCUACAUCAAGUUCAUCUUCUUCACCAAAAUCAAAUACAGGUGCUUCCCAAAAUGUUGGUAAGUUGGUUUCAUUUGUGGCCGCUUUCGCUGUUGUUGGCUUUACAUUGAUCUGA